GGGGAGGAUGAGGGAGGGCGGCCCCGGGGGAGGGCAGCCCGCCGCGCCGCCGCCCCGCUCCGCGCCUUCCCCUCGCUCCCGCGGUGCCCGGAGCGCGGAGGCCGCACCGGGACUAGGUUGGUACUAAGAAGUGCCUUUCCUGACGUCGCUGCUGCUUGGGACCGCUUCUAGAGCAGCCGCUGCUUUUGCCUUGCUUGCUGCCAGCUAGACUGCGACGACAGCGCUCCGCCGCUGCCAGCCCCGCGCCCGCCGGGAGGAGGGUCCGGCGCUGCUCCCCCGCCGCCGCUGCACUGUGCACUAAAGUGUGCCCCGAAGGUCAGAGCUCUGCUGCCCGAAAGCCAAGGAGAGGAGGAGAAAAACCCCAGCCCAAACCCAGUGUCGGUCGUUGCUCUAAACUGCUGCAUCUGUCUAUGCCAAACUAAUCGAUCCCGAUUGCACCGCAGAGCCCGCUGCGAACCCGCUGCCUGGAGGCACCUGCCAGCCGCCGUCCCCGGGAGCAGCUCGGGAAGCGCUGCCAGAGCCCGCCACGUUCCCAUGCUUGCAGCGGCCGCACUCAGGACGGGAUGCUGAGCACGCGGGGCUAGUCCCGGCCACUCUCCCGCAGGCGCACCUGGCUGGCGGUCCUGGCCUUCCCCCGAGCCCCGGUAACAGUGCCACGCUCUGAACUCUGGUGACACAGCUCUUCCUCGAGAUUGCAGCCACCCCGUUUUACACGUACUUAUUUUAAAAUAGGGAGCGGGGGGAAAAAAGUGUUCUGGAGGUGGCACUUUCAUCAUUUCCAGUUUAUCAGUUCAGCUACUCGUUUGCCCAUUUUUAUUGGAAAUUUUAACUACCUGUAAAAUCUAAAGAUGGCUGUUAGCGUCACACCGAUCCGGGACACAAAAUGGCUAACGCUGGAAGUGUGUAGGGAGUUCCAAAGGGGGACUUGCUCGCGACCAGACACGGAAUGUAAAUUUGCACACCCAUCGAAAAGCUGCCAAGUUGAAAACGGACGCGUAAUCGCCUGCUUUGACUCAUUGAAAGGUCGAUGUUCAAGGGAAAACUGCAAAUAUCUUCACCCACCACCCCACUUAAAAACGCAGCUGGAGAUCAAUGGCCGCAAUAACCUGAUUCAGCAGAAGAACAUGGCCAUGCUGGCCCAGCAGAUGCAGCUCGCCAAUGCCAUGAUGCCCGGAGCCCCGCUGCAGCCCGUGCCAAUGUUUUCUGUUGCACCGAGCUUAGCCACCAACGCGUCAGCCGCCUUCAACCCCUACCUGGGGCCCGUCUCUCCAGGCCUGGUCCCCGCUGAGAUCCUGCCCACGGCCCCGAUGCUGGUGACAGGAAACCCCGGGGUCCCAGUUCCUGCCGCUGCCGCCGCUGCUGCCCAGAAGCUGAUGAGGACAGACAGGCUGGAGGUAUGUCGAGAGUACCAGCGCGGGAACUGCAACAGGGGAGAGAACGACUGCCGGUUCGCUCACCCCGCCGACAGCGCCAUGAUCGACACCAACGACAACACAGUCACCGUCUGCAUGGAUUACAUCAAAGGGAGAUGCUCCCGGGAAAAGUGCAAAUAUUUUCACCCUCCUGCACACCUGCAAGCCAAGAUCAAGGCUGCCCAGUACCAGGUUAACCAAGCUGCAGCUGCCCAAGCAGCAGCGACUGCAGCUGCCAUGACUCAGUCGGCUGUCAAAUCACUGAAGCGACCCCUCGAGGCAACCUUUGACCUGGGAAUUCCUCAAGCUGUACUUCCCCCCUUACCAAAGAGGCCUGCGCUUGAAAAAACCAAUGGUGCCACCGCAGUCUUUAACACUGGUAUCUUCCAAUACCAGCAAGCUCUUGCCAACAUGCAGUUACAGCAGCAUACAGCCUUUCUCCCACCAGGCUCAAUAUUGUGCAUGACACCCGCUACAAGUGUUGUUCCCAUGGUGCACGGUGCUACGCCAGCCACUGUGUCUGCAGCAACAACAUCUGCCACAAGUGUUCCCUUCGCUGCAACAGCCACAGCCAACCAGAUACCCAUAAUAUCUGCCGAACAUCUGACUAGCCACAAGUAUGUUACACAGAUGUAGACAUUUGGUCAUCAAACAAUGGGAUCCGAGGCGAAGAGGCCGGAUUUGGGUGGGAAGAGGCCGAGCUCAUUAGCCAUAGUGUAUGUAAAUACUGUCCAGCAGCACUGGGAACCCCUCAGCAGUGACAUCACACAUUGCAUGUUAACGAGAUGAAGCGAGACCGUGGGACUCCACUGCACACUGUUGCCUAUAUACUUUGUACAUUGAAUUGAUAUUUGUGCUGAGGUGAUCUUAUUGUCUAAACCUGCAGCAUCGUCCGCCUUUCCCGGCACGCAGUGCCCGGGGGAAGAUGCAUCCGGGGCCUGCUCCCCACAAUCACGGACGUCACCCCGGAAAGGCCGACGAUGCUGUAACCAGAAAUCUAUUAUGUAUUGGUACGUCUGUAGACCAAGAUAUAAUUUUUUAAAGUAAGUUUAUUUCUUUCAAGGUUUACAAAUAACAAAGGUGCACCUUGUAUUUAAAAUUGCCAUUAUAGAUGAGAGCGUGCAUGCACAGUAAUUUUUUGUUUAAGAGUAAUAUUUUUAAUGUAAUAGAUUGUAAGAAAUGAGAAGAGAGGAAUCUGACAGAGAUGAAUGUGCCAAGCAAAACCACAACUGUGUAUAUUUUAAAGCACAUCAAUGGCUUUAAGUACCAUGUUGUUAUGGAUUCUCAUGAAGUGCCAUAGACUGUACAUCCAUCAGAGUAUUAUUUCCACAGUGUUAUUUUCAGAACCACGUUUUCACUGACUUGAUGAGUACUGAUCAGUCAAAGGGCACCAUUCUGUUUCAAACCAAAGCUGUCUCAGAAAUGGCCAAUUGCUCCUCACAGCCAGUGGGCAGCACCAGAGAGAUGCUCCAGCUGUGCAUAACCCUUACGGACAAUAUUGUCUAUAAACUCUCCAAGGCGUUGUAUGUCAUAUUUAUGCAUAUUUACUGUAUAACAUGAGCUGCGAAAGGGAAAAGCCAUUUCUGAGACACAGUAACAAAUGUUUGAGGAACUUCUUUUGCUCUAUUUAUAGCCUCUGUCGCAAGUCACAAGGACUAUAAAUGUUUUGCAGAGAUGGGUUUCACUUUAAUUCAUCAAGUCCCGCGUCCGCGGCGACUCUAAACAAAGACGCAGAAGCACUGACAGCAGAUGCGUGACAAACCAAAAUAGGACAAAUGAGAUGUUAAUUAGUGUAGAAAUUGGGUGGGUUAAUACUCGGGUGAGUUUUAUAUGUGAUUUUUUUGUUCAGAUUAACUGCUUAUAGCCUUAGAAAGCCUUUACAAAAUAAAAACAAACAAAUAGAUGUGCAUUCAAGUUUUAAGAAUGGAUUCAUCCAAAGGAAUUCUUUUUGUGGUUUGGAUGUUGCAGCCAGUAAAGGAUAUUUUUGCUCUGUUCAGCCAGGGGCUGCCUGGGGCCAGGCCCCGGGUGGGCAGGGGAGGGAGAGGCGCGGGUUCGGUUGUAGAACUCGCCAUACUCCGAGUUUACUGCGAGUUUUUAUGCUUGAGAGAGAUGCUUUAUAGAUAAGAAUGAUGUGUUGAUUUUCCUGAUUGUACUGUACAUCUAUUAAAGCCUUAGAUUAUUACAUUACGGGUUAAAACCCAUACCAAUGUAAUUUCAAUCGUGUUAAGAAAGUAUAGGUGACUUCACAUGUAAUUGUAGUGACUUACCAUAGAGAAUUUACUUAUUUUUUUCGUGUUAAAAGUUUAGUUUUUAUUUCUUACAUUUAUUAGCUCAUUUUCAUUUUCUAUUACCAGUUGAUACCAUUUCAGUUUAUAGAAUUUUGUUUUAUUAGAGUUUACUGAUGACUUUUUCAAAAUACAAAAAAAAAAAAAAGUAGUUUUCUUCAUAACAUACUCAGUUUGGAAUCUACAUGUAGUGUCUUAUGAGUAUUCGUAUUAUUGUUAACUAAAUGAUUUCUAUUUUACUGAUCUAAUAUGACAAUGUAAGAAUGUCAGUCAUUGUUAGUUCUUGUCUAGUUUUCAUUAAAGAACAAAGAUCUUUUAUAUGGAUAUCUUAUAAUUAUAUAAUCAUUGCUAAGUAAGAAGUUAAGUUGUUGCUAUGGCAACAAUCCUGGCAGACAAUUGAGUAAUAUUUUGAUGAUUUAUUUUGUUUGUAAUUAGUUAUGAGAAAAAAAAAUCUAGUUCCUAGAUAUUAGAAUAAAAUUUAUUUUCUACUGUAUCCAUUUCAAAUGUUAAAAUAUUGUUUAAAUAUUUUUUGAAAUCCCUGAAUAUCAGGCCUUGUUAUAAAUAAGCUGCAUAAUCAAUAGAUCAAGGGACUUUUUGUUGAUAAUCCAAAUACUCAAAGUUUACGUAACAAGAAUUCUAGUGUGUGUGUGCAAACUCUUGAGGGUUGAUUAUGCUGCAGUUGGGACGUCGAGAGCGAAGGUUGACUUUUUGCACUUCUGUAUAUAGUCAAAAAAGAGAGAAACCUGUAUAAUAGUAAGAUCUUAUUUUGAAUAAAAAUGUCUAUAAUUACAAGGAGUUUUGUUAAGGCUAAAUAAAAUGACAGGCUGAACAAAAUUGCUUGCAAAAGUGGCACAGAGUUAGCACUCCAUCCCCCUUCCAAAAAGUUGCUUUGCUUUAUGUGGACAGCUUGUAGUUUGCCAGGAUUUUUUCAGCUGGAAAGAUCUGCCAUCCUUCCAAGAUCUCAUGACUGACAGAAGCUCCACUGGGUCAAAUCUGCCUGAAAAUCAUUAUGAAAAAAAAAAUAAAAAAAAUAAUAAAAAAAAUAAAAAAAAAGCAGGUACUUCAGCCCAUCCAGGGAACCAUGGCUCAGAUAUUCCGUACAUUAUUCAAAAUCUACUGCAUGUUUAAAGUAUCAAAAUAUAUUAAAGAUAUAUGCUAUUCAAACCAGUUUCUGACAAUUUCAGUGGUUUCUUGUUCACAAAAAAAGAUUCUUCAAAACAAAUACUGACAUUCACAGAGUUCAACCAUGGACAGGCAAACGGAACAGCACCCGUAGCUGUAGGGUAGGGGAUUAUUUUCUCGCUGUAGUGGUCCUGUUCUUUUAGCAGGUGAAAAACAACCUGGGAGAUCUUCCCUUUCCAUGGAAAGCGUUGCAGGAGCGUGGUCAGCCUGUGUAUGCCAAAGCUGGGAGCAGGCGGGGGGCCGGGCUGCCCGGUCUCGGAGCUCACACUAAUCAGUAAUUAACGAGUUGCACUCGUGCAGCCCCCGGUUCAUCUGCUGGAAGGACGGGCGCGCUUGGGUUUGCUCUUACGUAACCACAGACUUACUUUCGCUUGUAGUUGCUCCAGUUACGUACUCUGUCCUGGGCUGCAAUUUGGGUUUAUGCUUAUUUUAUUAUUACUGCUAUAGUUGACCUUGCUGUAUGGAAAAAAUAAAGUGAAAUUGCCCUAA